AUGCCCCGGGGCGCGGCGGGGCGGGCAGGAAGGGGGGCAGGAUUGUCCCGGUAAAUAGAACCGGGGGACGCGAUGAAGCUGUACUGCCUGUCAGGACAUCCAACCUUGCCAUGCAACGUGCUCAAGUUCAAAUCCACCACCAUCAUGCUGGACUGUGGGCUGGAUAUGACGUCUACCCUCAAUUUCCUCCCCCUGCCUCUGGUCCAGAGCCCCAGGCUUUCCAAACUUCCCGGCUGGGUUUUAAAAGAUGGAAGCAUGUUUCUGGACAAGGAACUGAAGGAGUGCUCUGGCCAUGUGUUUGUAGACUCUGUGCCUGAGUUCUGCUUGCCAGAGACUGAACUGCUUGACCUCUCCACAGUGGAUGUAAUCUUGAUCUCCAACUAUCACUGCAUGAUGGCCCUGCCCUACAUCACAGAGUACACAGGAUUCACUGGAACAGUUUAUGCCACAGAGCCCACUGUUCAAAUUGGCAGGCUCCUGAUGGAAGAGCUGGUGAAUUCCAUUGAACGCGUGCCAAAGGCUCAGUCUGCCUCCAUGUGGAAGAACAAGGAGGUGCAAAGGUUGCUGCCAGCCCCACUGAAGGAUGCAGUGGAGGUGUCCAUGUGGAGGAAGUGCUACACCAUGCCCGAGGUGAACGCAGCCCUCAGCAAGAUCCAGCUGGUGGGCUACUCCCAGAAAAUCGAGCUGUUUGGUGCUGUGCAGGUCACCCCUCUGAGCUCGGGCUACGCUCUUGGGAGUUCCAAUUGGAUUAUCCAGUCACACUAUGAAAAGGUUUCUUACGUUUCAGGAUCUUCUCUGCUUACAACACACCCUCAGCCCAUGGACCAGGCUUCUCUGAAAAACAGCGACGUUCUCAUCCUGACAGGGCUGACCCAGAUCCCCACUGCCAACCCCGAUGGAAUGGUGGGGGAGUUCUGCAGCAACCUGGCAAUGACUGUCCGGAAUGGAGGCAAUGUCCUGGUUCCCUGUUACCCCUCUGGAGUGAUCUACGACCUGCUGGAGUGCCUCUAUCAGUACAUUGACUCUGCAGGACUCUCCAAUGUCCCCUUUUAUUUCAUCUCACCUGUUGCCAACAGCUCCCUGGAGUUCUCCCAGAUUUUUGCUGAGUGGUUGUGUCAUAACAAACAAACAAAGGUGUAUCUUCCAGAACCUCCUUUUCCCCAUGCUGAGCUCAUUCAGACAAACAAAUUGAAACAUUACCCCAGCAUCCAUGGAGACUUCAGCAAUGACUUCAAGCAGCCCUGUGUUGUGUUCACUGGACAUCCCUCUCUCAGAUUUGGGGAUGUGGUGCAUUUCAUGGAGCUGUGGGGAAAAUCCAGCUUGAACACUGUUAUAUUCACAGAACCUGAUUUCUCUUACCUGGAUGCUCUGGCUCCCUAUCAGCCCUUGGCAAUGAAAUGUGUUUACUGUCCCAUUGACACAAGACUCAACUUUAUUCAGGUGUCUAAAUUACUCAAAGAAGUCCAGCCCCUGCACGUGGUGUGCCCUGAGCAGUACACACAGCCCCCUCCCACGCAGUCCCACCGCACGGACCUGAUGAUCGACUGCCAGCCCCCGGCCAUGUCCUACCGCCGCGCCGAGGUGCUCACGCUGCCCUACAAGCGCCGCUACGAGAAGAUCGAGAUCAUGCCUGAUCUUGCAGAUUCCCUCGUGCCCUUGGAGAUCAAGCCUGGUAUUUCCUUGGCAACAGUUUCUGCUGUGCUGCAUACUAAGGACAACAAACACGUGCUGCAGCUCCCUCCAAAACCUCCCCAGCCUCCUGCCAGCAAGAAGAGGAAGCGGGUGAGUGAUGAUGUGCCCGAGUGCAAAUCUCUGAAGCCUCUGCUGAGUGGCUCCAUCCCCAUGGACCAGUUUGUACAGACCCUGGAGAAGCACGGCUUCAGUGAUGUGAAGGUGGAGGACACGGCCAAGGGCCACAUUGUGCUGCUGCAGGAGGCAGAGACCCUGAUCCAGCUGGAGGAGGACUCCACCCACAUCAUCUGUGACAAUGAUGAGCCCCUGAGGGUCAAACUGAGGGACCUGGUGCUCAAAUUCCUGCAGAAAUUUUAGCUCAUGGACAUCAGGAGGCUUUGCAAGGAGAGAGCCUGGAGCAGCAGAACUUGGAGUCCAAGGAGAGAGAGAGAGAGGGAGAGAGGGAGAGAGAGAGAGAGAGAGAGAGAGAGAGAAUUUUGUGAUUCAGAGAGACCAGAAACCACCUUCCCCUUCAUGGAGGAGCAAGGGAGUAUUUUUUAAUAACUAUUUUUUAAAUCUUAUUUUUAAGCUGUUUUGGAAUACUUUGGAGGAGAUUCCUGUUGUGUAAAAUUGGGAGCUGGGAAUCUUACAGGAGAUAGGAGCUGCAGAGUAAAUAACUGGAGUGUUUAUUUCCACCAGGGUGAACUGCUGCUCCCCUGUGUCCCUCAGCAGUCUCUGCCCCAGUCCUUCACCUGACAGAACUCUGCAGGAAUAUUGGAGCAAUGGCCUUUUUCCUCCCACUGCUUCUUCCCAAUCCCCAGAUCCCAUUCCCUGCCUCUCCUCCCUGUGUGUUCUUCAUGUGUCCUUCCCCGGCACAAGAACAGGAGAGCUGGUGAGGCAAAGAUUGUACGAAUAAAAAUGGAAAAAAGGGGGUCUGGUGGACAUGGAGAACAGUGGGAAGAGCCUGGCCAUUCCCUGCACCAGCAGAGGCACUUUGGAAAAGCUUUAUCCUGUAGGAAUUCAAGUGUUUAUUGAUGCUGCAGCCUCACCUGUUACAUCCAGAUCUGUCCAUGGAGCUCCAGGCCCUUCACUGAAGCUGGUUCCUCCUGGGUUCCUCCAUCAGCAGUGGAGGAAACACCUCAGGGAGCCACUUAGGGAAGUCCAUAAAGUAGGAAAAUUCCUAAUGCUCAUAAAAAACCUUUUGAGAUUUAAGUGCCUCUUGUUUCUACCUUCCAAAAACUUGUCCUUUCAGCCCCCCCCAUCUCAAAUCCUGGAUGGAAUUCUGAGUCAUUUAUCCAAAGCCAUCUGUACUGCAGACCUGGGGAGGCUUUUCCCUCCCCAAAUCACAUAUUUGGGGCCUCACCUCAGUCAAUAGUAUUGCUCUUAAAGACAACCCAUUUCUCAGAUUUACUGCUGUUCAUUUUUUAUUGGAUUGUUUUGUAUUUAUUUGGUGUUAAAAAUAAAAAGCAGAGUGAGACUGCCCA